UCGGGGACUCUUCUGCGUGCUUGCGGGACACGUUUGAACAUCAUGAACUCUUCGUGUUUCUUCGUGCCUGUUGCUUUCCUUCUGCUGCUGAGCCCUUGCUCUAUUGCCACAGUUUCGACAAGAAGGUGUCAUUCCAUUUACAAGGGCUUUGCUCGGUGUCUUAUGGCUCUGGGUGACAGUCUGACGGACACCGCACGCAAGGAUGAAGAUACACAUGAGAUACACUCAAUCUGCAGGUCAUGGGAUGAGUUUCAUGCCUGCGCCAACUUGGCAAUGGCCGGCUGUCCGGAGGAAGCAGCGACUGUCUGGGAGUCCCUGCGCCAAGAAUCCAAGAAGAUGCAGUUUUCAGGAAACCUCUACGACAUGUGCUCGGACCGCGACAGUCACACAUUAACAACAGCGUCCGCGCGUGGCUCCCGCAUCCAAGGAGAGCUCAACCAAGAUGCUCUGAGAGCACGAGUCAGUCGUUUGUCUGACUCCAACUACCUUGUCAUACUUCUGUCUUCUCUGCUGUUGCUGUUUUGAACAGAAUCGUCUCAACACAAUGGGACUCAUGUAAAUACAGUAUGAACUUUGUACAAUUUCGCCUCCAACCUUUCUCACCGCCCGCCUUUUCCAAAACACCAAAAGAGAGGAACGCAUGCUUUCUUGCUGAAUUUCAUCGAUCCUAUUUUUUAAAGAUUCAACUGUGAGCUUCAAUUGUGGAGUUGAAAAAAAAAAAAAAAAGCAGCCACUACAAUAGUCUUUAAACUGAAAAUCAUUUGUCUUAUAAGGUUUGUCAAAACGACCCGUAUCCAAUGCCCUAUUCAAGUAAAUCAAAAACAUUGGAUGUCAAGACUUUUGCUUUUAUAUUGCAGGCUUUUACAUGAACAUUUUUCAAGACUAACUGCAAGCAUUUUCACUGCGUAUAGAGUGUACAGCUUAUCUUGACUUCAAGGUGCAUGUUUCAGUAUUAAGUACAAAAAGCAUGAUACCUUCAUUACACCGCAAGGUUUUCUCCUUCAUACACAGCCCUUAUCAUCUACAGACGAGGUGGAGAUGAGUGUUCCACUACAGCCACAAAUUGUCACUGUUCUCCAGAGACUCCAUGCUUGAUAAGUCAGACCCAUUUACGAGCCAUCGCAUGAAAGUACUGGAUUGAUCGCAUCAGAUCCGUCUGGAAUUUAAAGCGGUCACACACAUUUGAUCUCACUCAAAAAUACAUGCAGUCAACUGAUGUUAUGAUGCUCUAUCAACUUAUUGUGACUAAAAGUGUUGAUUUAAAGCUAGAGGUAAUUUGUUCUCUAUGUACUAUGUUGCUUACUCUCUUCUGUAAAUACAAAUUCUCUUUAAAAAUUAUUUUAAAAGUCUUUAUGAGAUUUAUAGGUGGUGUACUGGUACAUUGGUCUGACUUCGUUGAAGGCAGGGUAGGUUCAGUUCUCACUGAGUGAAUGUGGGUGCAAAAGGUUGUUUAUAUGUGGCUUGUGACUAACUAGCAGUAGCCUAUCCCGGUUGUGUUGAGAGGUGCGCUACACUAUGGACUGCACACUUGUCGAUCAUAGGGCACACAUACUUGGCUGAUUUAAAUUGAUUGAUCCUAACAGGUAAUGUGGGAGAAAGUCCGACUACCUCGAGAAAAUCCAAACAAGUGCGAAGAGAUCAUAUCAACUCGACGCAGCAAGGCCAGAGUUGGGAUUUGAACCUAGGCAGCAUUGCUAAUCACUAUUUCACUGUCCCACCCACACAGUAUGAGCAUAUUUAAUAACUAAGAAAGUGAACACAAAAGUUAAAUCCAGUGCUGGACUGAAUCAUUUCCCUUUCUUGGACUAAUUUGCAAAGAACAUUUAUGCAUACCUUGUUUAAACAAGGAGAUUUAGGUGAACAACUAUUGAUUAUUUGCUAGGAUGACACAACAGUUUUCUAUAAAAUAGUUAUAACAUACUACAACUUUUAGAGCUCAAGUCACUGUGAAGUGAGAGUGUGCUUGAGCUGUUUUUAUUUAAUUGGGUUUUACCCAGGUCUGGGGUACUCCAGGGAUCCUCUUUGGCAUCCUGCACAGAAGCCUUACAUUAUGGGACCAAUGUGUGCUUCUGACAGCACUGCAGCCGAUCAUAAGCCAAGUGUAUUUCAUGCUCCGGGAAGUGUAGUUGGUGCCUACAGGCCUGCUGAAAUGUUUGUUAUUCUAAAUGGCUGCCGGGAACAGUUGCUCCUGUC